AUGCUUAUGGAGGCAAAAAAAAGCAGGAACAGCAGCUUCGCCAUCACCUACUCCCCAUGCACAGCUACAACCCUGCUGAGGAGCCACCCUAGGCUGAGUGUGGAAGACCCCAAGGUGUACAUGGUGGACCAAAUGGCCACCAGCAUAAGUGAACACCCUUGCUGGGUGUCAAACACGACCUGCCCCACUUUCCCCGAUCUUAGAACAUGGGGUCCUGGAGGGCUCAGGGCCUGCUGCCUGCCCUGGCCACCUGCACUCACCCAGCUCUCCCUGCUGGGUACUGGGUCUCCUUCCUCCUCCCAUCCAACCCCAACAGCACCCAUUCCCUGA